AGAUGGCGACCGCCAGUUUGUUUGGCGUUUGAGAAACAAUAGUGUGUUUUUAUUUCUUUCAAAAAAAUGUGGCGUCUUGAAAAGACAUGAUAGCAUUUAAACAGCGCAACCACUGAUGUGGAAUCAGAAUGAUCUGUUAGGUUAAAUUUUUGGAUGAAAGAUUAGAAAAUGGAGAUACCUGUUGUUAAAGAAAAUAAUGUUUCUACAUUAGUACCUAGUCGCAGAAGUGUGCGGCAAUCAAUGAGAAACAAAAAAUACAAAUAUGACCCUUCUGACUUCAAGCCAAAGUCUAGAGUAGGAACAUCAGCACCAAAUUGCAAGAGUAAUGAGAUUACAGUUGAAAACAAUAAGACUGAAGAGGCAGUUGCAAACAAAGUUAAUGAUUUUACAACUGUAAAAUCUAACUCAAUAAAUACAAAUGGGCUGAAUCAACUGACAGUCCUCACUACAAAUGCUAAACCUGGCAGUAAAAGAUGCCUGCCAGUUUUUAUAAAAACAGGGAUGAAGUUUAGCAUGCGGCCCCGUAAACGUAGCAGUAAACGUUCCAAAUCAGUAGCAGCACAGAUAGAGCAAACUAAAGAUGGGUGCAUUGAUAUGACCCCAGAUUCAAUUUUAUGUAAAACUAAUUUGAAGGGCUUGAUAAACUACAAGACUUUCAGCCAGUUGCCGGCCAACUACCAGUACAAGCUGGUGACACUACUCCCUCAGUGUGAUCAGAUCCCAGGCUCUGAGGCUGAUGACCUCAGGUUAAGUACAACUGCUUUAAAUAAUGAAUUUUUUGCCAAAGCCUGUAUGGAAUGGAAAGAUAGACUUGCUGAAGGAGAAUUUACUACAGAGAAUCAGAGAUCUAAAGUGGAUGAGGAGAAGGAGCAGAAUAGGAUGGAGGAGUGGAAGGCAAAACAUUUUGAACCUGUUUGGGGUCAUUGUAAAAUCAUGAGCGAUGUUCCUAAAGCGACUGGGCCCUCACCAAAUAAAUUAACAUCCGCGGCUGAUACUCCUGUGCCAAAAACAAAGCCUGUUCAUAAAUCCAACAUGCGCGUUUCUUCGAUGAUUCAGAAACGCUCCUUGACCCGUGCAAUCAGAGCCAGCGUGGAGAGUGCAUUACCAGCUACUAAAAAACUGUCCCAGUCUAUAGAGUGUGUCACAGACUUAUCCUCCAACCAUUCUCAUGGAGAUAAUAAUUCUGCGUCAUCACCCAUUCAGACUUCAAGCUCGUCAGCUUCUGAAUCCUCGCCUAAUUCAACCUCUUCCUUAUCCAGUAAUAAUUCUUCCUUAGACUCAGUUAUAGCUGCAAACAGAGAGGCUCUAGCAAAGCAAGUGGAAAAAUUAAGAUCUGAAGAUAGAACAGAAAUCUUGGGGGUGACCCCAGCCAAAAAGAGGAGAGUAUCAGGUGCAACUGUGGCUCCUGCCAGACCAACACAACUCCAGGCUCAUGCUCGUACACUUGCUCAGAUCAGGGCUCAGACUCAAGCUGCCAAAGCUAAAAGCCAGAAUGCCCUUUCACCUAACCAUAAACCACAGCUUCCAGCGUCACCCGUCUCUCCAUCUGCAACCAGCUCAUCCCAGGGUAUCACUCGCACUGUCACGAUGACAUCCACUGGUAUAAUCAUCAAAACUCAGGGUCAGACCAGAACACUUGCCCAGAUUAAGGCCCAGACCCAAGCAGCCCGGGCUGGUUCUACAAGCUCCACUGCAGCACCGCCCCCCGCUGCUCAGAGCAAUCAGACAAUGCGCAGUUUGUUAUCCAGCGGCCCCUUAAACAAAGCCCCAACUCAAACAAGAACUCUGGCACAAAUCAAAGCUCAGACCCAGUCCCGGGCUCCCAUUCAACCUCAGGUCCUCAAGUCUUCAGCAUCUGUCUCAACAGAGACUGUGAAACCACAGCAUGUCCCCAACAUUUUAUCCACUGCUGCCACAUGCAAGCUCAGGGCUUCACCAGACAACCAGGCAACACAAGCCUCAGACAUCAACUUGAAAAGAUCAAUACAGAUCUGUCAGGCUGAGUUGGAGAAGAGUCUGAGCAAAUCGACAAGUGCUACUGUGAACACAGUGCCACCACCAAAGACCCCCACCCCGCCACCAGCCCAAAUAACUAGUGCCUCUAAAAUUUUAUUCAGUCAGUCAGGACAAGCUAGUAACGGUAGGAUAGCCAACACGCCUUCCCCACAGCAUCAUUUUAUCCAGCCUGUGUCACCAGCUAAGCCAUCAUCACGGUCGGUUACCCCAACCACUCUGGUCUUUAACAGGGGUAGAGUGUCCCCCGCCAUUUCUAAAUUUCCUACUGGGACAACUGUAACUUCAGCCAGUCACACGAUAGAUAAUGGCAAUAAAAUUAUUUUCGUCUCCAAUGUUCUUAGCCCUGUGAAAGACACCCCAAAUACUGUUUUCUUCUUAAGUACUAGUGCCACUCAGGAUUUAACUGGAACUGUUAAGGUAUCUUCUACCCCAUGUAUCCAGACCAACUCAGCCAUAUCUCCUGCACCUACAGUCACUUCAGCAAACUCAACACAGCUGCAUAGGAGAUUCAUCACUCAGGAUGCCCUCAGAGCAUUUCUGAAUGCACCUCCUCGUGCAGCCAGCGCUCCUCCAAACAACCCAGAUGCAAAAGUAGAAACACCAACCACAGCCGCAAUAGUGAGAUCAGCGAGUGUAGGGAAUAAUGGGGUGCUGCCGCCCCAGUCCCCAUCCUCGACUGCCCCAUCCCCCACGACACCAACACCUCCAACACACCAAACAUUUACUGUCUCACUGGGUGAUUUACCCCAAGGAAUUACUAUACAAAAUUUUAAUAACCCCUUACAGACUUCAAAUAAUAUCCUGAUUCCUAACAACCAGAUUCGUGUGUUUUCAAGGACAUCUUCAUCAGGUACACCCUCACCUGCACCCCCGUCAUCAUCCCCAUCAAACAUUGCAAGCUUCAGUGUUCACAAAGUGGAUCUUUCUGCUGGCACACCUACAAUCCCAAACCCCAUCCCUCCCCUUAGGUUCUCCCCGUCUCCUAUUGUAGCACCCAUUAUCAGUAGCAAUCCAAGUAUCGCAGGGAAAAAAUUAAGCACCGCAAGGAUUAUACAUGUUUCUGGACAAGGGGGUAAACUUUUACCCUCCGCUACUCAACUCUCAAGUCCAGUUAAAAUAGGAAACGUGGUCAAUAUCCAACCAAUUAAAACUAUACCAGCAAGCAAUCUAUCACAGGUGACACCCAUCAGGUCAGCGACUGUCCUCAAUGUGCAGGCCUCGCCAUCGUGUGAACACCAUUCUGGGCUUCCUAGUGAUGAUGGAUCAGGGGUAACCAAUUGUGCUUGUAAUCAUAAGGCCAUGGUUGUAUGUAAGAAGUGUGGUGCUUUCUGUCACAAUGACUGUAUAGGUCCCUCUAGGCUUUGUGUCACCUGUCUGAUAACUACUUGACAUGAGCACAAGCUUUUAAUUUUCAUUCAGAGUUUUUAAGAUAUUGUUUAUUUAAUGGGAGUUUGAAAAGCCAUCUAACUACUGUACUGCAAAUAAUUAUCAGCUAUGCAUGUAAAUCUUAAAAAGUAUUUAGAAGAUCAAGACAGGUUUAAACUGAAUUCCAUGAAUUUGAACCAUUUCCUGAGAUUAUUAAUACUAAAUGGGUUUUGUUUUUUAAUGUUAAUGUUUGUUUAGUGUUGCUCUGUGUGUAUGUGUGCUUGCUUUGAUUGGUGGCUUUGACCUUACACUACUACUUCAAGUUAAUUUUUACAGACUGACAACAUAAACAUUGUUUCAUAUACACCUGGGCCACACAACAUAAUCUCAUUUUGCGCUUCCUAAUUUCCUUUCAUUUUACUAGCUGUCAUUUUAAAACUUUUUUUGGUAAACUUUGUAUUAACAUUAAGGAGCAUUCAAUACUGCUUGUUUUGCAUUUAUUAGUAAAUGUUAUUUAUUUAAUUUAUUUGUAAUACAAGUCCAUUAGCCAAUGGUAUUUUUAAAAGGCUGAAUGCAUUAAAGGUUGCAUCUUUCUUAAAUACACCCCCUACGUUAAUGUAAUUUUCUAAGAGGGAAUGAAGUAUUUCUAGUAUAUUUUAAAACACUUUUAGUUCUUCAGUAAAUACAGAGCUUUUAAAGGAUAAUUUGUUUUACCUAAAGUUAAUUGUAUGUGAAUGAUCAGGAAUACUCAGCUAGUUAAAAUUGCUUGCAGAGCUUCCCCAACCUUUUUUAUGGUAUCGGUUAUUUUUAAUAUUUAAAUUUAAAUUAGUUAUUUCUUUUGUUUGACCAUCUCAGCUUUUUGUGGCUAUUAAAAAUGAAAUUGAAGCUAAAAUAUUUAAAAAUCAAAAUGAGAUUUUGGGCAUUAAUAAAAGAGCAUAACCUCAUUCAUAAAUCAUAACCUACAACUAUCAGUUCCCAAGAAAAAUUGAUUAAUGUAGUUAAGCCAGUUGUAAUAAUGUGUUAUCAGAAAUGGUCAAUUACAUCUCAGGUGUUUGUUUUUUCACCUUAGGAUUUUCCUUAUAUGACAUGUUUUUGUGCUGAUUUUUACUCCA